AUGGAACUCUUCCUGAUUCUCGUCUGUCUGAUUGCACCGCCCACCCUCUCGCUCUCGAUCAAGAGCAAGCUCAAUCCGCGGAUCGUUCAGACCCGGUACGGCGAAGUGCAGGGGCUGAUACGGUCCUUCGAGUACGGCAAGUUCCACAAGCCAAUCGACAUCUACCUGGGGAUACCGUACGCCACCCCCCCGGUCGGUGGUAACAGAUUCUCGCCGACCAGGGCGCCCAGUCCCUGGGAAGGAGUCAGAUUAUCGGACUCGGUCGGUCCAGUCUGCCCCCAAAAGCUGCCCGACAUUUCGAAUGAGCAAGAAGCAUUGGAGCGUAUGCCGAAAGGCCGACUGAAGUACUUGAAGAGACUGCUGCCACAUCUGCGGAAUCAGAGCGAGGAUUGCCUCUACUUGAACAUCUACGCACCCGCCAUGGGGAUGGUGGACAGCGGGAGGAGGCAUCCGGUGUUGCUGUACAUUCACGGCGAGAGCUACGACUGGGGAAGCGGAAACCCGUACAACGGCAGCGUCCUGGCCAGCUACACCGACCAAGUGAUCGUCACGAUGAACUACCGGCUGGGCGUGCUCGGCUUCCUGAACGCCAACGUGGCGCCUCAGACCCAGGCGAGGGUCGCGAAUUACGGUCUGAUGGAUCAGAUCGCGGCGCUGCACUGGGUCAAAGAACACAUCGCCCUGUUUGGCGGCGAUCCCAACAACGUGACGCUGAUGGGCCAAGGGACAGGGGCAGCGUGCGUUCAUUUUCUCGCCAUCAGCCCGACCGUCAUACGAGGUCUCUUCAAGAGAGCCAUUUUGCUCUCCGGUAGCGCUCUUUCGUCGUGGGCCGUGGUCGAAGAUCCCGUCUCGUACGCGCUGAAGCUCGCCAGGGCGGUCAACUGCUCGAUCCCCGAUGAUCUACUGAAGGACAACGAGCUGAUCGUCGACUGCCUUCGAGAACGUAGCUUGGAAGAACUGAUGCAGGUCGACAUACAGCCACCGACCUUCCUCAGCGCUUUUGGACCGAGCGUCGACGGUGUGGUCAUCAAGCCAGACUUCCAGAAAGACUUGUUGUCCUACAUGGGCCCGGAAUUCCAAGGAUUCGGGCCGCUUCCGAAAAAGGCUGAACACGGAGCCCCGAUCACCAGCAACAACAAAUACGAUUUAUUGUUCGGCGUAACGACCAGCGAGGCUUUGUGGAAAUUCGCGGAAAAGGACGUGCAGCAAGGAUUCGAGGGCGAAAGACGCGACAGGAUCAUCAGGACAUACGUGAGGAACACCUACGUCUACCAUCUCACGGAGAUAUUUUACACGGUGGUGAACGAGUAUACGGAUUGGGAGCGUACAGUCCAGCAUCCCGUCAACACGAAGGACGCCUGCGUCCAGGCGCUCAGCGACGCACAAUUUGUGGCGCCGUUGGUGCAAACUGGCGAUCUAUUCACCCUGAGACACACGAAGAAACCAAACAACCCUCAUAUUGCGCCGACGCCCGAGACAGAGAAAGAACCGAUGCCCAAAACGUACUUCUACGUAUUCGACUAUCAGAUGAAAGAUGGCGACUAUCCUGAGAAAAUGGGUUCGGUUCACGGUGAGGAGUUGCCUUUCAUUUUCGGGGCGCCGUUGGUGGAUGGUCUGGGCCACUUCCCGAGGAACUAUACCAGGUCUGAAGUGACACUCUCGGAGAACAUCGUGCAGUACUUUGCUAACUUCGUCAGAACUGGGAAUCCGAACGUGAUCGAUCACCACGGCCGAAACGACACUCCUGUGCAUGCCAACCGAGAAAAAGGCCGUUUUCGUAGCCUGACGUGGGAUCAAUACGACCCGGUGCAUCAGAAAUACCUGGAAAUCGGUCUCAGACCGAAAAUGAAGAAUCAUUAUCGAGCUCAUCAACUCUCCGUCUGGCUACGCCUAGUUCCGGAGCUUCAUCGCGCGGGAAUGGAGGACGUGGACUCUAGGCACAAUUUAUUCCGAGGACACUCGGACCCUAGCCUGUACGACGGAUCGGUGAGACCGGAUCCUUUGAGCAGGAUCAGCGAGGAAUUCAAAAGGAAGAACAUUACUACCGAGCCACCGACCACGACCGAUUACAAUGCAGCCACGUGUGUCAGUUACAUCCAGAGUACGAACCUUCAGAACGUUCAUAACGCCAGCACGGACACUUUGGCCAGUUUGGACGCAGCUGGGUACGCCGCGUACUCGACAGCCCUGAGCGUCACGAUUGCCAUCGGCUGCAGCUUGUUGAUUCUCAACGUUCUCAUUUUCGCGGGCGUCUACUAUCAGAGGGACAAGACGAGGCUCGAAGUGAAGAGCCUUCAGCAGCAACAGAUGUUGAAUCAACAGUGCGGACCGCGUGGCUUCACUGAGCUUAAACAGCCGCCACCGCCGCAUUCCCACUUCCCUGGUGGCGGUCAGGUUAUCGUCGACGUUGAAAACGAGAUGUUACGAAGGAACGUAAUGAAAGGCCCUCCGAACGAUCCCAACACGCUUCUCCAACAGGGCCAGGGAACUCACACGUUGCCUCAUCAACAUCACUAUCAAAAGCAACAUCAGCAACAGCAUGCCACUCUUCCCCGAGCUUCCGUCAUACAGGACAUGAACGCGCAAACCCAAGGCCCACCAAACGGAUCCAUACACCUGACAGUACCAAGAGCACCACCACCCCCUCGAGCAAAGAGUCCGCCAGAAAACCAGCCCCUGCUGCAGAGCGCCACCGUGUCAAGUCGCGUGUCCCAGGCAGCAAUGAGCGAGAUGAGAGUGUGA